UUGAACAAUGAAUCCGGUCGGGAGCCGCACCGAUCGGCGGACAGGUGUACUGUACAUUGGACCCCAGGGCUUCCAUUCUCAAUACACCGAUACGACUAGGCACUGUAGUAAUGGCGGUGUUUUCUGAAAUAUUAGCCCUGAAUUGGAUGGACGCGAGAGGUGUUUUAUUAUUUCUCUUCGUUUUCUUGAUUCUUGCUGACUAUUUUAAGCAUAGAAAACCGAGGAAUUUUCCUCCGGGACCCUGGGCUCUUCCUAUUAUUGGGGACGCACACCGGGUCGAGCCCUCCAAGCUACAUCUGAAUUUCGACCAGUUUGCUGAGAAAUAUGGACCAAUUUUUAGUCUUCGAAUCAUGGUUGGAUGGGUCGUGGUUGUCAACGGAUACAAGCUUGUGAGGGAAGCCUUGGUCGAGAGAGGGGAAGACUAUGUGGAUCGCCCAUAUCUGCCAUUGUUGUAUGAAGCGAUUGGAUCCAAAGGUCUGGUGAUGUCAAAUGGUUACCAAUGGAGGCAGCAGAGGAGAUUUGCCCUGCACACACUCAGAGACUUUGGUUUGGGUAAAAAGAGUCUAGAACCGUCAAUCCAACUGGAGUGCCAGUACCUGACUGAGGCCUUCGCUCAGCAGCAAGGAGCACCAUUCGACCCGAAAAUGGGGGUGACCAAGGCGGUGUCCAACAUCAUCUGCUGUUUGGUGUUUGGGAAACGCUUUGAGUACACUGAGAAGCAGCAUCAGACGAUCAUUGAUGACUUCAAUGAAAUGCUGAUCCUACAAGGAAGCGUAGGGGCAAUGAUGUACAACAUGUAUCCAUGGCUGGUGAAGCAUUUACCUGGACCUCACAGGAGGGUGUUAACUCUGUCUGCCAGACUUAUAUCCUUUAUUGAAGAGCGGGUCAAAGAGCACAGAGUGGAUCAUGACCCCUCAUUGCCCAGAGACUACAUCGACUGCUUCCUGACAGAAAUGCUCAAGAAUGAGGCUUCUGAAUCAAGAUUUGACCUAGAGAACCUCAGUAUUUGUUCACUGGACCUAUUUUUCGCCGGGACUGAAACCACCACCACCACUCUGCACUGGGGACUGCUGUUCAUGGCCUACUACCCUGACAUACAAAAGAAGGUCCAGGCUGAACUAGAUAUCGUAGUUGGCUCAUCCAGGCAACCCUCCAUGUCUGACAGAGACAGCACUCCCUAUACUUACGCUGUCAUACAAGAGACCCAAAGGAUGGGUAACAUCUUACCUCUCAAUGUUGCCCGUAUGGCUAACAGGGACACCCCCCUUGGAAAUUACACCAUCCCAAAGGGCACCGUGGUGAUGGCCACCCUGAACUCGGUUCUACGUGAUGAGACUAUGUGGGAAACGCCACACUCCUUCAACCCACAACACUUCCUUGACCAAGACGGCCAGGCUAGAAAGAGAGAGGCCUUCCUGCCCUUUUCAGCUGGGAAGCGGGUGUGUCUUGGGGAACAGCUGGCCAGGAUGGAGCUGUAUCUUUUCUUCACCUCCCUCCUUCAAAGGUUUUCUUUCUCUGCCCCCCCUGGAGAAAAGCUCAGUGUGGACCCCGUGUUUGCUACCACUAACUCUCCCAAGCCCUUCCGCCUGUGUGCCAAACCACGAUGAAUCCAUUAUCCCAAACCUUUUUCAUAAUUAAACAUGUUGCAUCAGAGCAUCAGUGAUACAUAAUUGUUAUAAUAAAUAGAUUUUGGGAAUCUAAGCCGGGACAGAGGACCAUUUAAUCAUUGUUUGAGGAUUUUGUGAUGAUUCCUCGUUUCCAUGACGUAAUGAUUCUGGGCACAUAUCGAUGCGAUGAUUAACCAAAUUUACAAGAUUACAGUUUUGUUGGAAUAACAUGGUUAAGGACGCCAAAUUAGGUAGCAUAGUAGAGAAAGAUACUAUCAAUUGUGUUUGACUACAAGCAACAUUGGUUUGCUAUUUUGUUGAUUUUUGUUAGUGAAGGCAUUAUACAAUCUUGAACACAAUAUUGUUAAUCAUUAGUGUGACGUUGAGCUAAUUGCCCUCGUGGAUGAUGUGACCUCUGAAGACAUUAAUAGCCCAAAAUAAAGCCUUUGAUCAGAUUCUAA